GCGGCGGAGCCGGAGGGAGGAUGGAGCGGAUGCCGGCGGGCGCCGCCGUGGCCUUGCCCGGGGGCCCGCCCGGCGCCUCCUGCGAGCCGUGGGAGAUGCGGGAGCGGCUGGGCACCGGCGGCUUCGGCAACGUCUCGCUCUACCAGCACCGGGAUGUAGGGACGAAGAUCGCCAUCAAGUCUUGCCGCCUGGAAUUAAGCAUGAAAAACAAAGACCGCUGGUGCCAUGAGAUCCAGAUCAUGAAGAAGCUGAACCACCCCAGUGUCAUAAAAGCCUGUGACGUGCCCGAAGAAAUGAAUUUCCUUGUAAAUGAUGUCCCACUUUUGGCUAUGGAGUAUUGCUCUGGAGGAGAUCUGAGGAAGCUAUUAAACAAGCCUGAAAACUGCUGUGGAUUCAAGGAGAGCCAGAUACUUUCUGUUCUUAGUGACAUUGGUUCCGGCAUCCUGUACUUGCAUGAGAACCGAAUAAUACACAGAGACUUGAAACCUGAAAAUAUUGUUCUUCAGGAUGAAGGGGGAAAGAUAAUUCACAAAAUUAUAGACUUGGGAUAUGCCAAAGAUCUGGAUCAAGGAACCUUAUGCACAUCUUUUGUUGGGACCUUACAGUAUUUGGCACCAGAACUCUUUGAUAAUAAGCCCUACACGACUUCUGUAGACUACUGGAGCUUUGGAACUGUAAUAUUUGAGUGCAUUACAGGAUUUAGACCAUUUUUACACAAUCAGCAGCCUGUUACCUGGCAUGACAAAAUUAAGAAGAAAGAUCCCAAAUUCAUCUUUGCAUGGGAAGAGAUGAACGGGGAAGUGAGAUUCAGUGCUCAUUUGCCACACCCCAACAGCCUUUGCAGUGUCAUUGUGCCGGAGAUGGAAAGUUGGCUGCAGCUGAUGCUGACCUGGGAUCCACAGCAAAGAGGGGGUGGUGCUGAUCCAGUAACUGGUCAAAUCAGAUGUUUCCAAAAAAUGGAUUAUCUGUUAGGCCUGAAAAUAGUCCACAUCUUGAAUAUGACUUCGGCCAAGAUCCUGUCUUUUAGGUUGGAUUCUGAGGAAAGUCUCCAUGCGCUUCAGUGUCGGAUUGAGUCUGAGACUGGCAUAAGCACAGUCAACCAGGAACUUCUCCUCGAAAUGGGGAUUUGCCUGGACCCCCGGAAGCCAGCCUCUCAGUGUAUUAUCGAUGGCGUAAGAGGCUGGGAUAGCUACAUGGUUUAUUUGUUCGAUAAAAGCAAAACUAUAUAUGAUGGUCCCUUUGCUUCUAGGAGCCUGUCUGAAUGCGUGAACUGCAUUGUACAGGACAGCAAAAUUCAGUUGCCUAUUUUGCGACUUCGUAAGAUAUGGGCUGAAGCUGUGCACUACGUGAUGGGACUAAAAGAAGAUUAUAGCCGACUGUUCCAAGGGCAGAGAGCUGCAAUGCUGAGUCUUCUUAGAUACAAUGCCAAUUUAACCAAAAUGAAAAACAACAUGGUGUCAGCAUCACAGCAGCUAAAAGCAAAACUGAAGUUCUUCCAGCAGAGCAUCCACCUUGACUUGGAAAGAUACAGCGAUCAAAUGACCUACGGGAUAUCCUCAGAAAAAAUGCUGAAAGCCUGGAAAGAAAUGGAAGAGAAGGCCUCGCAGUGUGAACAGGCUGGAGAUAUUGGCUACCUCGAUGAUCAGAUCAUGUCUUUGCAUACAGAGAUUGUGGAAUUGCAGAGGAGCCCCCAUGCACGGCGUCAAGGCGAUAUCAUGGAAAAUCUUGAGCAAAGAGCGAUAGAACUCUACAAGCAAUUAAAGCCCCGGGCCCCAGAUCAUUCCUACAGUGACAGCACAGAGAUGGUGAAGAUCAUCAUUCAGACGGUUCAGAGUCAGGACUGGGUGCUCAAGGAACUCUACAGACAUCUUAGCAAGCUGUUAGGCUGCAAGCAGAAGAUUAUUGAUUUGCUGCCCAAGAUUGAAGUGGCUCUGAAUAACAUCAAGGAAGCCGACAGUUCUGUGAUGCAGAUGCAGGGGAAAAGGCAGCGAGAAAUCUGGCAUUUGCUAAAAAUAGCUUGCACUCAGAGUUCUGCUAAAUCCGCUAGUUCCAGUGUAGAGGCUUCCCCGGUGUCUGCGUGGCUCUCACAAACGUCUCCAGGAAAUGUGCUUCAGCCUCUUUCUUCUGUGGCAGCCUCUAAAAAUGAGGCUCCAUUUUCACAGUUGAUAGAAGAAAAUCUAAGCUAUCUCAGCAGUUUUAGCACUAUUAUACAAGAUGCCAAGAGUGACCAGAAUAGCAGCGUGAUGAAUCUUGACUGGAGUUGGUUAAAUUAGCGGAGUGUGGCAAGAACAAUGCCGAGACGAGGCAAAGGAACAUCACUACCUCACUGCGGAGAUUAUGGGCAACAGUGCCUCGUAUGUAUCUUUUCCAUCCCAAAUUGACCAUCGCACCUUAAUGGCCACUGCACCUGCCCCAGUGGCUUGUGGCUGCAGAAGAGCUGUUAUCAGAGGUCAAGAUGCUGCAUUUGUCAGGUUACGUGGCAAGUUGCAGCACAUCUUGGAACAUGGCUGGCCCUGCUCCUUAGCACUAAGAGAUCACCCAGACUAGACGGAGCGUCUCCUGCCUUAGGGCACAGAAUGGAAAACACUGAAAGCAGAACACACUGAAUUUUUACUAAAAUGGAAACGAAGAGAAGACUUGCCACAAGAAACCCCCCAUGUAAAUCUUUUAGCAUGUGCCUUUGUGAAUCAAUUCCUUUUCUUCUCAGGUUCCUCUAGAGAUGAUUGGUGCUUGUAUUCCUGUAAGCAUCAAAGGAUAUAUUUUGUUGUAUAUUAGCCUCAUUAAUUUUUGUAUUUUAAAAUGAUUUAUAUAUGACUUCACCUAAAAUAGGCUGAGUUAGAAAUGAAAAAAAAAAUGUCAUUCAGCACUGGGCUUAUAUUGGGUGUUUGCUAAUGGCAAUGAAGCUUCUUGAGAUUCAUUAGGAGCCUCGGUUUUUACUGUUGUGGACUUUGCUGUCUUUACUGGUUAUCAUGUUUCAGAAGACAUGAUGGUUCAGUGGGAUAAAGAGCUGGCCUCUAGAAUGGAAGACAGAGAUAUAAGAUCAUGCAAAGUUGACCCGGUGGGAUGUAGGGAUGAGCAUGCCGGUUUGACAAGCAGCAUCUUGGAGCACUCACCUUUCCUGGGUCUUACUUUUUACCAGGGCUUUUUUUCUGGGGAAAGAGGUGGUGGAACUCAGUGGGUUGCCCUCGGAGAAAAUGGUCACAUGGUUGGUGGCCCUGCCCCCUGAUCUCCAGACAGAGGGGAGUUGAGAUUGCCCUC